CUCGACGAGCGCGUGCAGAAAUAUCUGCUUCACAAUCCCUUCAUUUUCCUUCUAUUUAAUACAGGGCCGAGGAUCUGCUCUGGGCAACAAUUUGCCUACAACGAAAUGUCCAAUAUGCUCAUUCGCUUGCUGCAAUUUUUUUCCGCGAUUACACUGGCCCCUGAGCACGCAAUGCAUCCACCUGCGUGGUGGGCUGAGAAAGAUGGUCGGCAGGCAAUCGAGCGGUUCAGGCCGAGAAACCACUUGACAUUUUAUACCAAGGCAGGUCUCUCUGACAUGCUUUGCAGCCAUCUAACUAGGUUCUCCCUGGCAGGAUGGUAUGUGGGUCAAGAUGGAAGCUGUAGAUGA